AUGUUCAUUGAACAUGAAUUUUUCAAGUCAAAAGAUACUUUAGUAUUGACUCAAACCGACUACGUCAAGAGAAUACUGCAGCAGAGUGGCAUGAAAACUGCUAAGCCAGUUAAGGUUCCUAUAUUUCAGGGAGAGCAAACUAAAAAUUAUACAUACAGAGAAAUGGUUGGAUGUUUGCUUUAUGCAUCGUCGAAGAUAAGACCUGACAUAGCAUUUGGUGUGAAUUAUGUCAGUAGAUUUAUUGAGAAGCCAAUGCAAGAAAACAUCAAUGAUGUAAAGCAUACCUUUUUAAAAAAAGAGAGUGAAGUGGGGGUGGGGGUGGGAGUGGGGAUGGAAGUGAUACAUGUGGAUGGGUGUAAGUGUAGUAGGUCAUACAGGGACGAAAUGGGAUGUAUUGAGACUUUGUACUCGUGCCUGUUGGUGACUCUUUUAUUAUCAGGUAUCUUUCCGUUGAAUCAAGCACAAUGGAGGCCAUGCAUCGAAUUAAAGCGGGAUCUCGUAAUACCUUGCAAAUGUACCGUAUCCACGGAUUACCCACGAUCAAUUGAAAUGAAUUGCGACCGAGUAAUUUUCACGCGAGAUAGCAUAAACAGCUUACGUGAUCAAUCAAUUGUGUCAAUUAGUCAGAGAAACUGCGGUUAUCAGACUUUACCGGAAAAUCUCAUUAAUUCUGACUUGAAUCUUAGAAGACUGGAUUUGUCGAGUAACUCAAUCUAUCGGCUGAUGGACCGCAUGCUACAGAUGCAAAGUGAACUGCAAGAAUUGCGACUAGCUGACAAUCUUUUGGGCGAAAAUUUAAAUCCAAUAUUUUCCAGUAAUGAAUUCCAUGGCAUGAUAGAGCUUAAGGUUCUCGAUCUUAGCAGAAAUGGUCUUAGAAGCAUUGAGGAAGGAAUUUUAAAAGGAUGCGUUAACUUAGAAAAGCUAUAUCUCGAUGGUAAUAAUUUGACUGUGGUGCCCACUGCUUCUUUGAAAGGAUUAAAUGCUAUUAGGGUGCUAUCUUUGGCAGGCAAUAAUAUCGGUUCUCUUUCGCGAGAUGCUUUUAAUACUCUCGGUGAGUCAUUGUUACAAUUGGACCUCAGCGGUAAUGAAUUAUCUCAUAUGGAGGAUAAUGCUCUUUCCGAUGUACAACACUUGCUAUUUUUAAACAUCUCUCAUAAUUCUCUUAGUCGUUUCAACAGUGACGUUUUCAAAGGAAUUUUUAGCUUGCUGCAGUUAGAUCUUUCGGCUAAUUUUCUCCAGGAGUUUCCCACUGAAGCACUAAGACAUUUAAUAGAUUUGAAAUUUUUGAAUAUCUCCAAUAAUCUUAUUACCGAAAUAGAACGGAUACAUUUGUUAAGCUUGAACGAGUUGCAAAUAUUAGACUUAAGCCGUAACAACAUAGGACGACUUGGUACCAAUACAUUCUCCAAUCUUAUCGCUCUCACAAAACUAGAUCUAAGCCUCAAUGCAUUACGCACGAUUGAAGAAUCGUCUUUUGAAGGCUUGACAAAAUUAAAAUGGUUAUCUUUGCAAGACAACAACAUUCUAUUAGUGCCAGCUUCGGCACUUACACGAUUACCAUCUCUAGCGCAUCUGCACGUGCAAUUCAAUCGCAUUGCUGCACUAUCUACAGAACUAAUUCGUGCCACAUCAAAAAAUCUCAUGACUUUAGGUUUAACACGUAAUCUUGUUCGCGAAAUACCUCCCAGAUUGUUUUAUAAUUUUGAAAAUCUCACUAGCAUCGAGCUCUCUGGCAACAUGCUAUCUAUUAUCUCGCAAAACAUGUUUGUUGGUUUGGAAGACAUUUUGCAGAAUCUUGAUAUAUCAUAUAAUCGAUUGAUAGCCAUUACUGAAUUGCCAUUAAGAAAUUUAAUUUCACUAAACUUGGCUGGUAAUCAAUUAAAGCGAGUGUCACCGGAUACUUUCAAGUACUUGCAUAGACUGCAGUAUUUAAAUCUUAGUAACAAUCCUUUAUACGGUGGUUUUCCGCCAAUAUUUCCUUCGUCCUUAAUCGAUCUUGAUAUAUCAUACACAGAGCUCAAAAUCUUGCCGACUGUUUUGCUAUUGAACCUUGAAUCACUAGAAAGAAUUUCUCUAACUGGCAAUCAGCUACAAGAAAUUGACGAAGGCACUUUCCAGUAUCUCUAUAAUCUCACGGCAAUUGAUCUGUCGUACAAUGUCAUUGAACACAUCGAUAACAACGCUUUUGUUGGUCUUAUAAAUCUUUAUUUGUUAAAUUUGAGAGGUAAUAAGCUCACGUCGUUUAUUGGCGAACAUUUCAACACAGGCACUGGCUUAGAAAUUCUUGAUCUAUCUGACAAUCGCAUCAAUCAGUUAUCUCCGAUAGCUUUUGCAAUCCAUCCCAGACUCAGGCGACUCGAUCUUUCAGGCAAUACAUUUGUUCAAUUUUCUAGCGACUUUAUCAAAUCGCUACAAUUCUUGGAAUGGUUGAAUUUAUCCAAAAAUAUGCUGUGGCACGUAAACGAAUUUGCCUUCUCACAGAUGGGAAAAUUACGUGAUUUGGAUCUUUCUAAUAAUAAAAUUGAA